GGAGGAAAGGGAAAAAAAGUUCCUCUCAUAUCCCUCCGCAAGGCAAAGGAUUUGGGGGGAGGAGGAGUAAGAAAGAGGGAGGGCCCUUGGAAGUAUGUGGCCUGUGAUUGGCUGGGGGAAGGAUUGUGAUGUGUGAGCUCUCUCAUUGGUUCCGAGAUGUAAAGGUUAAAGCAAAUUCUCUUUCUUCCCCCCAGGCUGCUGUGUGUGCGGAAUGAAUUGUGUGGAAUUGUGUCACUUCUCUACUCGUGACUCUACUCGUUACUGCUCUACAUUAAACUCCUCUACACUGAACUCUACUCGUUACUCAGAGGAGACGCCGCUUCUUCUCUUUAUUCCGCUGGGACAUCCAAUAGAUUUGCUGCUCCGGAUUUUAUUUAUUUCCACAUUUAUUUUUCAUUGUCGCCAAUUUCGUUUUGUUUUUGCUUCAUGACUUUCCCCGUGUUCGGAGCCGGCGGUGCGACACAGUCGCUGCUGCUUCUUCCUGCGACUUGACGCGACUCUGCUGCGAUUCUUCUGACAUGUUGGACAUGGGGGAGAGGAAGGAGCUGAAAAUGAUCCCCAAGUCUUCGUUCAGUAUCAACAGCCUCUUGCCUGAAGCCGCUCAAAGUGACAGCCGACCCCCCCAGCAGCUCCAUCAUCUCCAUCAUCUCCUCCACCAGCCCCAGCAGCUCCAUCAUCUCCAGACUCAGCUCCAGGGGGAGGAGGAGCAGGACCAGAAGCUCCAGGAAGCGAAGACUGAGAAGCGACUCCCCCCGCGCAACUUGGACUCGGCCUCCGCGGAGCCGCCCGGGGAAGAGAAGUUGGAGGAGGAGAAGAAGUUGGAGGAGAAGGAGGGAGAGAAGAAGAGCGGUAAAUGCGAGAAGCCUCCGUUCUCAUAUAACGCGCUGAUCAUGAUGGCGAUCCGGCAGAGCGCGGAGAAACGUCUGACCCUGAACGGGAUCUACGAGUUCAUCAUGAAGAACUUCCCGUAUUACCGGGAGAACAAGCAGGGCUGGCAGAAUUCCAUCCGACACAACCUGAGCCUCAACAAGUGUUUCCUCAAGGUCCCGCGACAUUACGACGACCCGGGCAAAGGAAACUACUGGAUGUUGGACCCGAGCAGCGACGACGUCUUUAUCGGAGGAACCACCGGGAAACUGCGCAGGAGAUCCACCAGCUCCAGGGCCAAACUGGCGUUUAAACGCGGGGCCAGACUCACUUCCACCGGACUCACCUUUAUGGACCGAGCGGCGGCUUCCCUGUAUUGGCCCGUGUCCCCUUUCCUUUCCUUGCACCACCCCCGCGCUACCAGCUCCCUGGGCUACAAUGGGGCCCCCAGCUCCUACCCCAGCGGACACCCCCUGCCCUACAGCUCAAUGUUGACUCACAACUCCCUGGGCAACAACCAGUCCUUUUCCACCUCCAAUGGUCUCAGUGUAGAUCGACUGGUCAAUGGGGACAUCCCUAGUUACGCGACUCAUCAUCUCACCGCGGCCGCUCUGGCCGCCUCCGUCCCCUGCGGACUCUCUGUACCUUGUUCCGCCUCCUACUCCUUCAACCCUUGUUCUGUCAACUUUCUCUCCGGACAAACGGGAUAUUUCUUCCCCCAUGUUCCUCACCCCUCCAGCAGCACCUCCAUGUCAGCCAGGCCGACCCCCUCCUCCCCCCACAUCCCCUCCACUCUCCCCUGCGACCCCCUCAGACCUGCCCUCCCCACUUUCACUUCUGGACUCUCAGGGGGGCUCUCAGAUUAUUUCACUCAUUCAAACUCCUCAUCCAACUCUUUGAUACAUUAACAUCUGGGGACAAGACUGGAACCUUUUACAUUUCCAUUCUCAAAGGAAAAGACAAAAAAACAAAGCAAAAAAAAUGCAUAAAAAGACAAGUCCAGAUUUGCCCUGGAGUUUGGACUAUUUUCCAAGAAGCAUCAACGUCUCCAACUGCAGCCGUUUUUUCUAGAUCUGUGCGAUUUCCUCCUGGACUUUAUUGUGAGAACAGACAGAAGAGGGCGCUCGGUGGCAAGUAAAUACCAUUUCUAUUUGCCAGUUUGCAGUUGUACAGGGGAAAAUAGCCAGUGAAGAUUUCUGAAGGCGAGUCUCCAUAGCCAAUGUAUGUGCAGCUGAUGAUGAACGGCCAAGGUGGGACUUCCUAGGGAGACUCCUGAAUGGGAGCCGUGCUGAAUACGGACAUUCUUCUGCAACAAUCCAUGUGCCCUUGAGAAUGGGAGACAAACAAGCCCGAGUUGCUUGCCUGGGGCCUAAACAUUCGUUUUUCUCCUCUGGAAAAGAAAAACCUUCUUUGUCCGACCUGUUAGUGCUUUUGUUCUGAGGAUAAAGACUAAACACAACUUGCACAGCCUGAGCUGGAACUUUGCCUUCAAUCCCGACCUGACUCUAUUCACAGGCUCUUGACGAGGACAAAAAAGGGGAAAUUAAGCCUAAAAUCUCCCAGGCAGAUGCCCAGGGUUAAAACAGGUUAUUUGUUAAUUGCUUUUGUGUUCUUAAGGGGAGGGAAUUAAGAGUCCGAGGAAGAAACCUGUUUAGAAAAAUGAUAAAAUACAAAAACAUGUGAUUCA